UUUAGUGACGAUGGCGUCUCGGGGCUACUCUGAUUUUUGCAGCGACCUGACAACCCGGUGGGAUAGAAAUACUGCAAGAUGCGUGCCGUGCACUUUAAAGCCAGGCUACGAAAUUACCCCAAACUGUGGCUAUGAUGACCACGGAGGGCGACAUGAGCCCCCAAACAGAGUGUGCCAAUCCAAGACUUUCAACACUGGCAGCAGGGCACAUUGUCAGCCGUGUAGCUCUUGUCCGCCCGAGUACACGGUUGCCAGAGCCUGCGACUCAACUUCUGACACCCAGUGCGAAGAACCAAGGGGCCGGCGGACGACCACGCUUGCUGUCGCGAUUCAGAAGACCCGAGAACCCGACUCGUCGCGGAGUGCACCGCCUCUGUCAAAUGCCUUCACUGGAAAUCCAGAGAUAGGUCCUAGUUCUGUUGUAAUAUGGGCAGUUCCACUAGCCGUCCUCAUUUCCAUUGUGCUCGCAUUGCUAUCUGCUUGCUUAAUCUACAUGAGGUGGAAAAGAGCUCACCGAGGUCGGCAGACAAUACUGGUUUACAACAGAAGAUCUUCAUCCACCAGCAAAAGAUUCCUUCCCCUUUUUGCUCCCGACUGCAACAACGAUCUGGAGGACAUUCUCAGUCCUGACAUCCUGUCAGCACCUUUACAGAUAGUGCUGGAAAACCUGGAUGUUCUGGAAGAGUUGGUGAUUUUGUUAGAUCCAGACAGCAACAGAGUGAAGAACACCAAACAUCUGGCAUCCCUCUGCUCCUUCCCCUCCCCCUGGAUCACUUACGCCUACUCUAUGAAGGACAGUAAGAGCCCUCUGAAAGCGGUGCUGGAGGGGGUCACCAGCAGGCAUCCAGACUGGACAGUAUGUCACCUGGCCAAGCUGCUGAGACAGAUGGAGCGCAAUGAUGCAAUCAAUGUUCUCGCCAAGCUCAGAACGAAUCACAUUAUCGCAUAGUAAUCCUUUCCCCUGCGAUUGCUGAAAGCCCUCCCCUGCUGCAAAUGUUUGCCAAUGUGUGAUCACACCAUAAAGAUGAACACUGUAGAUCUUAAUUCGUUAUAGGGAUCUCCAAGUGGGGAAAGGGGGCUCACUGAACUGAUCAGCAGUAACAAAGGGAAAAUGCUGUUCACUGCAGAAGAGUAGAGAGAGAGAGAGCAGCGAUUUUAUGCAUCACAUUCAAUUUAGUGGUCAUUAGGAACUCUACUCGGCUACUGACAACUGGUGUAUGACUUCUGUGGCUCUGGAGGGAACUUUCCAAAGCUUGAAAAAAAAAUGUUGUGACUAGGGUUAUAAUAUGUCGAACAGAAAGCACGUGUUAAAAAUGCGGCCAUGGAUUGCAGUCACUUAUGAGUCAUUUUCUUUCUAUAUCAGCAUUUCCCACCUAUAAAAUGUAGAGCACUGCAUUGUGAGAUUGUUAGGAUAAAGCAGUGUUCAUGCCAUGGACUUUUUUUUGCUGAAUUUUUGAGGGGACUUUAUAGUGGAUAUAUAUUUCACACCCAGAAAGGUAAAAUAUAUAUAACUAUACAGUUAAUAAAGAGGGAGGCAUCUAUCAAGCUAUCACGGGUCUAAUGAAAGACACUAUCAAGUUGUAUUAUGGGAAGUGUAGGAUCCACCUAUACUUGAGACUUAGUCAAUCAACCUUAGUGGUAUCAAUUUUGACCAUGCUUUUCUUAAUUUGUCCCUUAUUAAUCCUUCAACUUUUUGGGAGUGAGCAAUACGAAAUGACACGAGGAAUGGAAAAAUUUACUCUGGAUUGCGACCACGAUUGGGCAACAUCAAGAUGUUCGUACUGACACGUCGCUGAUAGCACAAGGUGAACUGCCAGUGCAAGCUUUUUUUUCCUGUCUCGUUUGUGUGCAUAUUGAGCUGAUGACAUGUCCCCACUUUUCUGCAGUGAACCACGCUUCUAUUUUUUCUUUGUGCAACUAUAAAUUCCAGAGAGCUUUGAUAUUUGAAUCUUUUUAAAAAUAACAUAUACCCACUUUUUUCAUAAACAUAUUGAAAAACAAUAUUGAAUAUUAUUCAACAAAUGCUAAUGUUAAAAAAAGCCUAUUCCAUAAACACUUAUCGGUUCACAUUACUAAUUUUUCUACUCUCAUCUUUUAUAAUAAAAAAAAAAAACUGAGUUUGUUCAAACAUCUUAACAUCUUUAUUAGGCAAAUAACAUUAUAAAUAAAAAAAGUGCAUAGAAAAAUUAAACAGGUUUAGAAAUAUGUAUACAAAUAUUUACAAACUCAGGGAUUAUUUGUACAUGGUAACAAAGACGUAAAUUUAAAGAUCACAUAUUUUCUCAUUUUUAUGUCUUUUACACUUACUUUAAAAUAACCCUACUAUCUAUAUAGAUAUCUAUAUAUAUCUACAUAGAUAUCUAUAUAUCUAUAUGUAUCU